AUGGAGCUUUUCUUUGUCUUGUAUUUCUCCACUGCCAUGUCUCUUUUGGGGAUUCCCAAAGGUCACUGUGCGAGUAUAAUUGGAGGGAAAGAAUCGAUUCCACAUUCAAGACCUUUUAUGGCCCUAAUCAAAGGAAACGUCUAUUGCGGAGGAACUUUGGUCAAACAAAGCUGGGUUUUAACAGCCGCCCAUUGUAAUUUGGGCACAAAUCCUGAAGUUAUUCUUGGAGCUCAUUCAUUAUCAAAGAAAGAAGAAAGUCAGCAGAUUUUUAAACUUGCGAAAUUUGUACCUUACCCAUGCUUUAGUUGGGAGACAAAUGACAAUGAUAUUAUGCUUCUGCAGCUUAAUGGAACAGCGAAGCUCAAUCAAUAUGUGAAGACCAUUAAGCUUCCUGAUACUUACAAUGACAUCAAAGCAGGCACACAGUGCCUAGUAGCUGGAUGGGGCAUUACUCAUAACAAGGACAAAAGGGCCUCUGAUACGCUGCAUGAAGUUAAUGUCACAAUCUUUGAGAGAAGCUUCUGCAAUGGCAGGAAACACUACAAUUCCAAUCCUGUUGUCACGAUGAACAUGGUAUGUGCCGGUGACAAAAAGGGAAGGAAGGAUACAUGUAAGGGUGACUCAGGUGGUCCCUUGAUAUGCAAGGGUGAACAAAGAGGCAUCACAUCCUUUGGUAAACCAUCAAAAUGUGGCUCAGUCCAAUACCCUGGUGUCUACACUCGUCUUACAAAGACUCAUCUCUUGUGGAUAAAGAAAACCAUAGGGGGUGACUGAUAGUUCAUUUUGCGAUUCUAUCAUCCGAUAAUUAUUGAUGUGGCCAUCCUUUAAUGUUGCCAAGUGUUUUCAGUUACA